ACAGACCAGACUCCCGUGGAGGCCCAGGAGCGCUCAGGUUCCACGCUGUUCUCUCAGUGGACACUCCCCCACGCUGGCACACACACCCUCCGCUAAAGACAGCUGGACUGCCUCCCUGCCACAGGCUGUUCAACCCGGACAGCUCCACUGCCAAGGUGGAGAGAUAAUCUGUGAGAGAAAACCAGAGAAAGGUCCCAGUAAGAGAAUAUCCUGCUGUCCCUCUUCAUCAACAUGGGGGCUGUGUUCUCACGAUGGAGGGCUAAACCAUCCACUGUGGAGAUUUUGGAAGGAAUUGACAAGGAUAUACAGAUUCUUGAAGACUAUAGUGAGAAGUAUCAAAGGCAGUUGAAGAUAUGGGUUGGACGACUGCUUCUGUACUCGUCUCUUCUCUACUUGAUCACUUCCAUAGUUGUGUAUUUCUGGUACCUGCCUGAACAGUUAAUGGGACGGCUCAUAUUGUCUCUUCCCUUCCUAAUAUUUCCACUUUUAGUGUGGUUGCUUCGAAAACUGCUUAUAAUUCUUUUUUCACGAAGAACAGAAAAAAAUAAUGAGAAAUUAGAGGAUCUCAGAGCACAGAAAAGGAAAAUACUUGAAGAAGUCAUGGAAACUGAGACAUAUAAAAAUGCUAAAAUGAUAUUGGAGAGAUUUGAUCCUGAUUCCAAGAGAAAACAUGAACUUGAAUCCACUCCAGCCGGACCUCAGAUGACUCCAAAACCAGGACAAGAGCUUCGCCAGCGUAAUGUCAUCCCAAAGACCCCCCCAGUGAUGGUGAAUCCUGCAAACGCUGCUGCUGCCCGCCCUCCUCUUGCCUCUGGGCCCACCUAUCCUGGACGAUCUUCCCACUCUGCUCCAGGUGGACCCCCAGAGAGGAGCCUGUCAGCUAUGGCUGCUCAGCAGAGCUUGAUGAGGAAGCCUGUGACCCCUGGAACACCUGUUCCAGGAGUCGGGAUGCACCCCCCAGGCCCACCCCUGGCCAGACCUGUCCUCCCAAAGGAACGGGGUGCUAUGGACAGAGUCAUUGAGUAUCUUGUUGGAGAUGGUCCUCAGAACAGAUAUGCUCUCGUAUGUCAGCAGUGCCUGUCCCAUAACGGCAUGGCAUUAAAAGAAGAAUUCGAAUACAUUGCCUUCCGGUGUGCAUAUUGUUAUUUCUUGAACCCUGCAAGAAAGACUAGGCCUCAGGCACCGAGACUCCCCGAGGUGACCGGUGAACUGAAGAUGUCAUCUGAGGCCCCGUUACCAUCGUCUGUUGCCGACAUGGAUGACGUGCAGAAUGUUUUAGAGAAAACCAAGCUUGCUGAUGUCCCUGCUGGAACAGAUACCCCAGAGCCAGACACACCAACAACCACAGAGCUGAGUUCUGCGUCAGACAGCCAAAACACCCCAGAGUCACAAGACCUGCCCUCUGAGAAAUCUGACGAAGAGCAUGAUUCAUCUGCCAUGGAAGUGGAAUAAAACAAAAGAGUGGUGAUUUCAAUGCAAAUCAGACUGGAACUUUAUUCUUUGAAAAGCAUGUAAUAGCAGUUAGCUUAUAAGUAAAUGCCGUAAGUUGGAAUAGCACAAUAACAACCCAGCUGUUAAUGUGCUUCUCAGCUUACAGAAUGUCCUUUAUUUGCUUUUAUAGUUCUAGCAAUAGUAAUGAACUGAAAAUGAAACUGCUUAGCGCUAACGUUUGAUAGCACCUGCCAAACACCUUUAUUCAGUGUGAUUAUAUGUUCAUAACAGAUUAGAUUGAAUUCAUUUUGUUUUUGAUGUUGUAUAGGAAAAAACUGUUUCUAUGUUUUCUUUCCUUUCCAUAUUUUAUUUGUUUUUGACUGAAUUUCUGCCAUUAUUCUAUCUAGGUUAAUGGUAAACAAAAACUAUAUUGUGGGGAAAGUUUUAUUUAUGGGAAAUUAUUUAUAAAUAUUUUUCUAUAAUGCUGAACCUUUCGUGACAGUGUUAACUGGGGUACUUUGCAGCACGGAGGUGCUAACAUGUUUACGCAAAUAUGGUACCGUAAUAGGAAUGCACAUACAGUAUGUAUUUAUUGCUGAAAGAGAGGAAAGCAAAUUUAUGUGAGUACUGUGCACCUGCCAUAAGUGCCUUUUAUAUUUUAAGCCUCUGCUUCAGAGGGUUGUUGCUAAAAACAUUUUUACAUAUAGACAAUAAAGUCUUUCAAGUGUUUUCAGUCUUAAAUGACAGUAUUUGUUGACUGAAUGUAUGAAUUCCUUUGCUGUAAAAAUAUUACUAAAUAAACUUAUGAGAGCGCA